AUGGCCUCAUGCUGAAAAGGAUGGUCAUGAAGUCUGAAGAAUUAGACUGCAUGGAGAUCUGAGUAAGCCCUGGCUUUUGAAAUGAGUGACACUGAGCAACUGUGAUUUCCUGCAAAUCACAUGGGGAAUGUCUGUGGAUGUGUCCGAGCGGAGAAAGAAGAACAAUAUUUAGAUCCUGCCAAAACUCCUCUGAGCCUUGAAAAAUAUUCUGCUGGAAGAAGAAAGUACUUUAGAAGAGAACCGACCAAGAAAACUGUAGGUGACACAGAGUCAGGAGAGCCAAACCAUGAAAAUGAAGGGAAGAGGAGCAGCAUCCUGCUCUCCAGGGAGCAGGCAGCCCCCUGGUCCAAGGGGCUGGUGCAGGAGGGAUGUGCCAGCCCCAGCCUCACUCGGGAAGCGGGUGUCCAGCAUGAGACGGUGAGCGGUCGGUGUCACCCUGGGAGCCCUUCUCCUCCUCAACACCAGGAAACAGAAGUCAAAGUUAAUGAACUAGAGGAAAGGAUUUCAGAAAAAGACAGCACUCCCUACUGUGCAAAGAGGAAGGACCAUUUCGAUGAUGUCAACCCAAGAGAAAUAACAUUCCAGAGAAGAACUGAUAGUUUUUCUUUCCGAAAGGCAGCCAGCUUAAAUUCCAUUCACUAUGGUACAGAGAGAGUGCUUGAAAAAAGUGGGUUUUCUGAAGACCCAUCAAAAAAUGACUGCGGUGUUCAAGAAAAGCAAAACAUGGAGAGAUCCUACCCUCAUGCAACAUGUCAUUUCCAGUUUGAGAAAAAGAGAUGUCCUUCCCUCUGUGAUAACGUGUCCUUUCCUUCCAAGGACACAAGUGGAAAGGAGGUCAUUGGUUCUCUAGCAGACCACAUGUAAGUGUCACCUAAGGAG